AUGAAAAAAGGAGAAGGAGACACUGCCAAAAAGAAGGGGGCAUGUGAAGCCCCCCCGAGCCCUGUUGUCCCACCUAAACGCUCCAAAGCCGGCAUGGAGCGAGUGGUCGCCGAGCCACGAGGGCCUGCUCACCCGAGCCCGACCCCACCGGUUUUCACGCGCAAAAUGCGGAAUGCGGCCGUCGGGACGGGUUGUGAUAUUCGGCUUAAGGUGACUGUGAGUGGGGACCCCCAGCCUUCCUUGUACUGGUAUCACAAUGACGAGCUCCUCAACAUGGAAAACCAGGAAUACGGAGGUCUCUGGAUUAGGGAUUGCAAACCCACUGAUGCUGGGCUCUACACCUGCAUUGCUAACAACCACUUGGGAGAGGCCCGGAGUAGUGCUGUACUGGCCGUCUUGGAUUUGGGUGAAGAAUCGGACAGCACUGAAGACGAAGGAGAUCAGUUGGAGAACCAUGACAAAAGCGUGGAUCGUGAGGACCAUGCAGUGGAUACAGUGAUGGACAAAAAUGCAGAGGAUGAAACCAGAACCCUUGAAGAUUUCUCUAAAACAAGGAGCCAGUCAAAUGAUUCUCCAAGAAGUUCCCCACCAGAAGUUCUCCCACCUCCAUCACCGAGGCUCAUCAAACGUCCCUCCACCUCUCCGAUGCCAAGUCGCUCUGGUUCAACGACACCUCUUAGCUUGCGGAGGAAAGCUGCAUUGCCAUCAGAAUACCAAGACACAGUGCCCGCAGAGUUUGAAGAAAAAAUUAAGAUGGCCAAAUCCUCAAAUAACACCCAGGACUCAAGGCCACAAACUCCACUGAGCGAAUACUCCAGAAAGGAGAUUACUCCCAGACCAUCGCCAAAGCUUACGAGGGCAAGUUCUAAAGUUUUUGAGAAGGUCCGUGACCUGGAAGAGAGAAGACGAAGCCUCGAAUUCCCCGAAGGUUCUGUAUCAGGGAGAUCCUGGGCAGGGUUCAAUCGAGCGGGCUCAGUCGACUCGGAUGACGGAGGCAGCCGGUUGGGUAUUUCCAGAGAAAGUUCUCGGGAAGAUCUGAGAGAGGCUCUCAAAGAAGACGCAGCCGAACGGAGGUCCAUGUUUAAGCAGAGGGCUGCUUCACUCGAGGAGAAACCUCGCUAUUCUCAAAAGGUCCAGGACAUUGAGAACAAGUUCACGGAGGAGCUGCAGCGUAUCAAGAAGCUAGUUGGUAAACCUCAUUUGAAGAAAUCCUUUUCAACGGAGCAGCUGAGUUCAAAGGCAAGGCAGCGCCAGCCUUUCAGGAAAAUAGAACCUAUACCCCCACAGGUCCUUCAAAGACUUCAAGAAAGGGAACGAUCUCAGUGGGCAAAAGAGCAAAAAAGACUGAAUCUGGGACAGCAAAUGCCAGAGCAUCAGCAUUCCCAGAUCCAAAACUGUACAAGUGCUGGUAUCACAAAUAUAAAAGAAAACAAGGAGUCAAUGCAGUUAUCGGAAUUACCAGGGGUACGAUCGCUUCGAGAGCUUAGUCGAGUCAGCCCGGUUACAGAAAUUAUUCAAAGGUCAUCAUCACCAGCAUUAUUCCACCAACAAGUGGAAGACUCACCGAGUACAACUAAUUCGGAAACCACCGUGCAGAAACUUCAAAAGAGGUCCCCAAGUCCACUUGUACAGAUAGUUUCAAGAAGCCAAGAAUCGCUGCAUAACCCUGAACCUCCGACACAGCAACAUAAUGAGACCUCUGGGAGAAAGACUCCCAUUGAAGUAACUUUGAGAAAAGUUGAAAACAGGCCUGAAAGUCCACUAGUACAAAAUUGUGCAGUUGCCUCUCAAGAUAUUACCCAUCAAGCGCCUCCCAAGCCCGCUAGGAUGAUCGAAGCUGACCCACUGAAUCUCCCAAAACAACCGCCAAACAUGAAAAUUCCUGCAAUUGUUGUGGAAGGUGAAGAUAUUCCUGUGGGGACCGAUAAUACUCAACAGGCCAAAGGACAAAAGCAGAAGACCAAAGUCAAACACCGUCGCCCGCGACCAAUGUCUCCUAAACUGGAUUCUUCAGAUGAUUCCUACGUUUCUGCCGAAGAGGACCCAAUGGAAGCGCCCGUGUUUGAAUGUCUUCUUCAGGAUGCAGUCGCCAGAUGUGGCUCAGAUGUGCUACUAAAAUGUAACAUUUCUGGCAAUCCCAUUCCUGAAGUCACCUGGACAAAAGACAACGUGGAGGUCACCAACCUUCCGAAUUACGCCAUCAAAGUGGAAGGCGAACGACACAGUCUCAUCAUAAAAUCGGUCCAAGUGCGAGAUGCUGGAAACUAUAGUGUAACAGCUGUGAACCAGGAGGGCAAGGUGACCAGCAAUGCUACCCUCACAAUUAAAGCAGAACCCAUUCAGGAGACGAAAGGUGUCCUGGGGGUUCCCAUGGACAUCAGCAGCCCCAUCACAUCUGACGAGGAGUACCUUAGUCCCCUGGAGGAAGCAAUGGAUUUUAACUCACAACAGACAAAGAGGACACUUGACACCAAGUUCAAGAAACCUCCUAAUUUUCUGGUAACAUUGAUUGAUCAAGCCGUUAUUGAAGGACAAGAAGUCACCAUGUCUGUGCGAAUAAAUGGCCAACCAAAACCUUUGCUGUACUGGUUGAGAGACAGAGUUACGGUCAAAAGUGGUCCCCGCCAUAUUGUGCGAGAGACAGAAAAUGGAAAUUUUGAAAUGACCAUCAAGUCAGCCCUGAGGUCAGACUCUGGGGUUUACACCUGUAAGAUCAUCAAUGAGUUUGGAACAAAACAAUGUGAAGGGAAGCUGGAGGUUAAAGUACCACCAGUCGAGCCAAGCUUGGCCAUCAUCCGCCCUGUGAAAGACAUCACAGCGAACGCGGGCGAGACGGUGUUGUUUGAGUGUCACGUCAUCGGGCCGCAAGAUACUGAUGUGGAUUGGUUGGCGAGCGGGAAACUGAUCCAACCCGCUAUGCUCAACUGCAAAAUGCACUUUGAUGGAAGAAAAUGUCGGCUGCUUCUUAAUUCAGUACAUGAGGAUGAUAGCGGAGUGUACACGUGCAAGCUGAGCACAGCCAAAGAGGAAAUUACAUCAUGUGGAAAACUCAGAGUUAUUCCCUCAAUUGAGCCUCUAUUUACUCGCAAACUGGACGUUUUGGAAGUCAUCGAGGGGCGUAACGCUCGAUUUGAUUGCAAAGUCAGCGGGACUCCGCCUCCAAAGGUCACAUGGACUCACUUCGCAGAUCACCCACUCACUGAGAGUGAGGAUGUGCGCAUUCUUCAGGAGAAUGGUCGUCACUCCCUCAUCAUUUCGCACGUGACCAAUGAUGAUGAGGGUUUCUAUACCGUGACAGCCAUCAACAAUCAUGGCGAAGCUGAAUGUUCUGCUGAACUGUAUAUACAAGAGCCGCGGCCGGCCAUCUCCUCACAGAUGGCUAAACUCGAGAAAAUGCCAUCCAUACCAGAGGAGCCUGAGGUCCCUGAGAAUGAAGUUGAGCGUUUCACAAUGCCUGACUUCAUUAAGCCCCUUUAUGACCUGGAUGUUAUUGAGGGAAAGGAGGCUGUUCUCAAAUGUAAAGUAGCCGGUUUGCCAUAUCCCAGCAUUGUCUGGUUCCACAAUGGCAAAAAAAUCGAAAGUACUGAAGACAGAAAGAUGACACAAUUCCGCGAUGUCCACAGUCUGGUCAUCCGUUCAGUGUGUCAUGCGCAUGGUGGUGUCUACAAAAGUGUCAUCUCCAACAAAAUAGGCAAGGCCACUUGCUAUGCUCAUCUCUAUGUCACAGAUAUCCUCCCUGAUCCUCCUGAUGGGAUUCCAGUAAUAGACUCGAUCACUGGCAAAGUGAUGACCCUUAGCUGGAAAAAGCCAAGGAGAUUGGACCCUUCCAUUGAGCCAAACUCCUUGAUGUACGCUAUCCAGCAACAAGCCCUCGGCUCCAUCCAAUGGACAAUUAUCGCAUCGGGCCUAAAGGAAACCACAUACACCAUCAGCACAUUAUCCAAAGGGGUGCGAUAUUCUUUCAGAGUCUUGACCAUCACUUCCAAAGCCUUUAGCAAACCCUCACCUGCCACAGAACCAGUGCAACUGCUGGACCGAGGGCCAUAUCUUCAAGAAGCGCCGGUGAUUAUUGAUAAGCCAGAUAUUGUAUAUGUGAUGGAAAACCAGUCAGUAACCAUCACUAUCACCAUCAAUCAUGUCAAUGCUGCCACCAUCUGGCAAAGGAAAGGCGCUGUCUUGGACAACAAGCAUGGGGUGUACGAGAUGACAAUGCCGGACGACGACCAGCACACACUGAAGCUGAUGAAAGUGAAGAGUGCUGAUGUUGGGGAGUUAAUGUUCAUUGCAUCCAACAAGCAUGGAAGCGACAGCUGCACACUUAUUGUGGAAAUGGCAGCUCCACCAACAUUUGAGACAAUAAUGGAGGAUAUUGAUAUUUGCUCUGGGGAGACCCCUCGCUUUGCUGUGGUCGUGGAAGGCCAGCCAAUUCCUGAUAUCUUAUGGUUUAAGAAUGAUAUUUUGCUGUCUGAAGGCAGCCAUUACACAUUUGUGUAUGAUGAUAAUGAAUGUUCCCUGGUGGUCCUCAACGCUUGUCCCGAAGAUUCUGGAGUGUACACCUGUACUGCGAGGAACCUGGCAGGCUCUGUGUCCUGCAAAGCCGAGCUCACAGUUCAUGAAGCUUUAAGCAAAGAGGAGCCGAUGGAAGAUGAAGAGACCAUUUUGAGGAAAAUGCGCCGACUGACUGAUCAUUACGAUAUUCACAAGGAAGUUAGAAGAGGUGCAUUUGCCUAUGUGAAAUUGGUGAUCAACAAGGUAGACAAAAUGGAGUAUGCUGCCAAAUUCAUCUCCACACGGGCCAAGAAGAAGGCCUCAGCUCUCCGAGAGUUGAGCGUUCUCUCAAAGCUGGAUCACGAGCGAGUUGUCUUCUUCCAUGACGCCUUUGAGAAAAGGAACGCAGUCAUCAUCGUCACUGAAUUAUGUCACGAGGAGAUCCUUGACAGAUUUACACGGAAGUCGACACUAAUGGAGUCUGAUGUACGUUUGUGUGUUAGACAGUUGCUGGAGGGGAUAGAUUACCUUCAUCAUGUUAACAUCUUGCACCUGGAUAUCAAGCCCGAUAAUAUACUGUUGGCAGACGCACACAAUGAUCAGCUCCGAAUCUGUGACUUCGGCAACGCGGUCGAGAUCACCCCGGAUGAGGCUCAGUAUUGCAAAUACGGCACACCAGAAUUUGUCGCGCCAGAAAUUGUUAACCAGACCCCUGUCUCAAAGGCAACUGACAUAUGGCCAGUUGGAGUUAUUGCAUACCUUUGUCUGACAGGAGUUUCUCCAUUUGCUGGUGAAAAUGACCGGCAGUCUGUCCUGAACAUCAGAAACUACAAUGUGGCUUUUGAGGAAACCAUGUUUGCAAAUCUUUCUAGAGAAGCUAAAGGUUUUAUCAUUAAACUGCUUGUAGCAGACAGACUGAGACCUGAUACUCAAGAAUGUCUUCGACAUCCGUGGUUCAAGACUCUUAGUAAAGGGGCAAGUAUAAGUACAGAUGCACUGAAGAAGUUUGUUUCUCGAAGAAAAUGGCAGCGUUCAAUAAUCAGCUACAAAUCUAAAAUGGUCAUGAGGUCCAUUCCCGAGCUACUGAAUGAUUCCUCCAGUCACAUAUCCAUUGCCGUUCCAAGACACCAUAAAGACGCUUCACCCUUGCCUUCGUCAUCCUCCGAUUCAGAUGAAGACAUUGAUGAACUUCCCUUCAUUCCAAUGCCACUUAACAUGGAAUUCUCUGGAUCAAGGGUGUCACUCAAUGAAAUCCCCACAAAUGAGAAGGACUCAAUGAAACAGAACGGAACAUCUACUGUCCAAGAGACAACCGAAGAAGAUGUAGAAAUGGACAAAGAAAGGGUAGAAAUGAUUGGUAAAAGACAGCAACAAGAAACAAGCAAACAAACUGAUCAUCAGGGUUCUUUAGAUGAAGAAUUACCUACUGAGACGCCUCAAAACGCUCUGAAAAGAAAGCCUCUACAAAGGGGAUCCAGCGUGGAGUCGGACAAAACUGACAGCGUGCGACGAAAAGGUGAGCUGAGACGUGGAAGUUCAGCCGACAGUGCUUUACUUCUUCGGAUCACGCCAGAUGAAGAAAUGGCAGAAGGAAACCAAGAGGGAGGAAGAAAAGUUCUCAAGAAAGCUGCCUCAAUGGAACUUCCAAAGCGAAGCACGAGUCCAGCAACUGCCAAAAUGAGCCAAGAAGAUUAUGCUCUGAAGCUAGAGUUGAUGAGGCAACGAUUGCUUCACGGUGGUUCUGUUGACAAAAAGAUGAGCGGACUGCGAGGUCCUCUAUUAGAAACGCUAGGAAUGGGUAAUGAAAAAAACGGAAGCCCUGCAGAUCGUUAUUCCCGCAUUACCCGCCUGGGACCACCUUUGCUGACCAGAGCAGCAUCUGGUGACUCACCCAGAGAUGACAUUUCCAAACCUAAGGUUUUAAGCAAAAGUGCUUCCUUCAGUCAAGGUGAUUCAGAACCAAUAGCUUUACAUAGACGGUCAGGAGCGCCGCUUGAGAUUCCCUUGGCACAAGUUGAAGAACGACGACUUAAGGAAGCUAUAUCAAUGUCCGCUAUCACUGAGCAAAUUAAGAUAGACUCCUGCCCAGUGAUUCCUCGAGAGCCUUCACCAAAACCUCCCACGCCAGAGCAUGUCCCACUGGAAAGUCCCAUUAAAAUUGAAAGUAAGAAACUACAGAGGGAGAAAGAGACAACACCUGAUGAAAUAAUCAGUGAAAAGAAAGAAACGCAGGUUACCGACAGUAAUUUUGAUGAGAGGUCAAGCACAAGUGGCUUCUCUGAGAAGGACUUGAGCAUAUCUGAGGAAGUAUUGAAUGAACCAGAGGUUGUAGACCACAUUGUUCUGUCACCAUCUGUUGUGGUCCAAAGCUCUGAAAUGCAAGGAAACCUGGAGGAAGAAGAAAUGCGAGGAAACCUGGAGGAAGAGCUAGAAACAAAAGAAGACGGAGAACAGAUAGUGAAUAUAGAAAGAACAGAGCCUGUGUGUGAAGAAAACACACCUGAAGAAAAGUUACAAGAAACUGAAAUAACACCUAUGAAAUCAGAGAUUAUUACUCCAAGCUCUGUUACUAUAAGACCAGUGCAAGAAUACUCUGACAUCACAAGAGAAAUUCCACCUUACGCACCACCCUCACCUCCUGCACAGGUUCUUCCCGAUGGAAGGACUUCAUCAUAUGCUAGUACAAUGCAGACAAUCAUGGUCCCCUCUCUUCAGCCUCUCAAUGGUGUUCCUCUUGCUCCAUCAACCCCUGUUGAUGUCGUCAAUAUUGUGUCAGCUCCUGCAUCAUCAUCGCUCCCCAAACCGCACAUCAUGUCAACAACCGAGCAUCCAGCUGUAUACUCUCGAGUGGCCUCACCAGAAACUAUAACAAAAGAGCCUAGCCCACCAAAGACAACCCAAAGUUCCUCUCAACAAUUUGUUGGAGUGGAUCUAGAAGACAUUUCAUCGGAAGAAAUUUUUGAGGCCCGCUUCAAAAAACGCGACUCAUCCCUGACUAGAACUUUGAAAUUCUUGUCUCGAUCAAAGAAUGAGGACAAAUCACAUGCACCGUCCACAGAUUCAAUAGAGUCAGGUGAGGUGAUUUACAGGCCUGGUCCACUGGGUGCCCCACUUGAAUUUGCACAGAGGAAACUUGAGGAGAAAUCCAAGUCGGUCCAGGAUCUACGUGAAGCUCAGAAGGACCAAAGUUUUAUGAGGAGGCUUUCUCUACGGUUGAAGAGAACGCCAUCAACAGAACGCAAAGAGGAAGUGACCAAAGAAGACUCAGCACCUUCAAGACGUAGGUUGUCAUGGACUCUUGGCAGAAGGGGAUCACAAGACAAGAAGGAAGUAGAGAUGAUGCGCAUGGAUGUUGCUGAUGAUGACACUAUACUAAGAGAGGAAAACAAGUCCAAAAAAUCCACCGAAUCUCCAGUCCUGGCAAUGCGUAAGAAGAUUGAAUCAACAGUCGCGGGCAUCUCGACCCGAAUUCGCAGCUACUCCGAAGAGAGGAAAGCAUCUGAAGAGAAGGAGCCAAAGAAGGCGCCAAUUCUUUCCAUUCUUCGACGGGCAACAUCAGAAAACCGUGGAGUAAAAGUUACCAAUGUUCUCCAGAACCAGCUGGCAUCUCAGGCUAGUAAUGGGGCCUCAUCUGAGUCACUGGACUCAAUGUCCAGCUUAAAGUCAGACGUGUCAAAAGGUGUCGACGGAGAGCGAAGAUCUCGUUGGGAUCGGUGGGGUCUGACUCGGGGGAGACGUUCCAAGACAGUAUCACAACCAGAUAUACCCACGGCGAUCUCCAGAGAAACAAAUUCCCAACCAUCACGCCAGUACUCUAGGCUGGUAUCCGAUUUCCCCCCAGUUUUUCACAUUAAGUUAAGAGAUCACGUCCUGCUCGAGGGGGAUCCAGUGACACUCAGUUGCCUGCCUGCAGGAAGUCCUCACCCGCAUAUUACCUGGAUGAAAGAUAAGAAACCCUUGGAGAUAGACGCAAGGAUGAACAUGAUAGCCUGCCCUGAUGGCAGACAACUUCUGAUGAUCAUGCAGACCACCAAAAAAGAUGCCGGGGUUUACGAAUGUGUUGCGACAAGCCCUCUGGCUUCUAUUUCCAGUUCUUGCACAAUUUCUCUCGCACGUCUGCCCAAUCGACCUGGAACACCUGAGGUCCCUCAGAAGUACAACAACACAGCUUUGGUAUUGUGGAGACCCUCCGACACCACCGCGCCCUGUACAUAUUCUCUGGAGAGAAAAACUGAAGGAGAGGCUAACUGGCUGAUCGUGGCCACUGGGAUUGCGGAUUGUUACUAUAAUGUGGUUGAUUUACCAGCCGGGGGUUCCUUCAGAUUUAGGGUGGCUUGUGUCAACAAGGCUGGCCAAGGCCCAUACAGUAGCCUUUCAGAAGUAGUCCACUUGGUCGCUUCAGAACCAAGUGAGUCCAACGCCCCAGUGGUGGUCAAGACCGCCGUGGCUUCAGGUCCUCCAGCCCCUGUGUUGAAGAUGUCGUCCAUGAAAAUCCCACCCAUGAAACCAGCUCCAAAUAAAGCCUCAGUGCAGACACCAGCCCCACCUGUUCCUCCCUCAACACACCCUACACCGUCAACAAAAUCCCCCACUCCUAAAACUGUCAAGCCAACAACACAAAUUGAAAUGAACCAAGUGCCAUCACUGACCGCAGUUCCUUCUGAAACGGUCCCGGCUCAGACCAACGUGACUGUGCAAACAACAGUAGGUAAAGCAAAGUCCACACUCAACAUCAGUGUGGGCAAAACUCCAGCCAAGCCGACAGCCCCGCCCGUUGUCCCACCCAAACCUCAGACCCCACUGAAGGUAAUCAUUAACAACAAAACUCCUUCUCCUGUACCGUCCCCUGCUCCCAUCAUUGGGAAACCCAUUUCCUCAGUCCCGAUGUACGCACCAGCUGCCACUGCUUGCGUUACGGCUUCUUCUCAAUCAACCCUCACGACAACAAUCACUACUCCCUCCGUCUCUGCUGUGAAUGUCUCCCCGACUGUGGUGGUGUUGCAGAGUUUGACUCCAGUGGUUCAAGGCGGGGAUAGUCGUACUCCAUCUGGGCGGAUCACGCCAUCAGGACGGGUUACACCGUCAGGAAGGGCGACGCCUUCUGGACGAAGGACACCGCUCGGCAAGGCAGGAGAGGGAUAUCUUCGCCAAGGUGUUCCUCAGAAACCCUAUACGUUCAUGGAUGAGAAGGCAAGGGGCCGCUUUGGUGUGAUCCGGGAGUGUCGUGAAAACGCAACGGGAAACUUGUUCAUGGCCAAGAUCGUCCCUUACGAAGCUGACAACAAGCAGGCGGUGCUACAGGAAUACGAUAUCCUCAAGUCGCUACAUCACGACCGCAUCAUGGCGCUGCACGAGGCUUAUGUCACACCGCGCUAUCUGGUGCUCAUCUCCGAGUACUGCAGCGGAAAGGAGAUGCUCCGAAGCCUCGUGGACAGGUUCCGUUACUCAGAGGACGACGCGGUGAGCUACAUUACGCAGAUACUCCACGGGUUGGACUACCUUCACACUCGAAGAAUUCUUCACCUGGACAUCAAGCCCGACAACAUCAUUGUCACGCACAUGAAUGUUAUCAAGAUCAUCGACUUUGGCAGCGCUCAGAACUUCAACCCGCUGUUCCUUAAGCAGUUUAUCCCACCAGUUGGAACGCUGGAGUACAUGUCUCCAGAGAUGUUGAAAGGAGAUGUGGUGGGCCCUCCAGCUGACAUCUGGAGCGUGGGCGUGAUCACUUUCAUUAUGCUGAGUGGCAGGUCCCCUUUCAUGGAAAAUGAUCCCCAGCAGACUGAGAUGAAGAUCCAUGCCGCAAAGUUUGACCUCUCCAAACUCUACCAAAACGCCUCCCAAAGUGCCUCACUCUUCCUCAAAAAGAUCCUCUGUAGCUAUCCUUGGGCCCGGCCUUCGAUCAAGGACUGCUUUAAUGAUUCUUGGCUUCAAGAUGCCUACCUGAUGCGUCUUCGUCGACAGACUCUUACCUUUACAACCACCCGUCUCAAAGAAUACUUGACCGACCAGCAGCAUAGACGAGAGGCAAUGGCAACUCAGCAUAAAGUUCUUCUUCGAUCCUACCAGAGCACUCCACAAACGCCUAUCAGUCCAGUCACACCAGCUCUGCCGACUUUUCCAAUCCCUCAAUAG